ACCCUUGGGGGCAAACUGCAGCGUAGCACUGGAUAGAACAGGGAAAUGUUUAGACCCUGUCAAAAGCUAACAAACUUCACGUACAAGGGACCUAUCCAUGACAAUAUCUCACUUCUCAAACGAUAAGCUACGCUGGAGUGCGAAAUCCUGUAAACCCAGGUGCUAAUUUCUCUUUGUGUUGCCGUUUUCGUCAAGAGUCAGCCAUUAUUUCAGUCAUCGACUUCCUCCUGCCUCAAAUACUUUAUUCUAAGCUCGAAAUAUCUGUAUUUUUAUAAAUAUCAUCGUCGUGGAAGCUUUAUCAAGUCACCGUCUCUAUUGGCUCGAGUAUAGAAGCUGAACACGUACAUUCUGUGGUCAAACUUUGAGUAUUAUUUUGCCGAUUGUGUCAUUUCUGUUUCCUAUCAGAGCUGUCGAGUUUAUGCGCGUUUUAGGUGCCCCCGAUGACGAUGGACUUAUCUUUUCUAUCUCGCAUAGAUAGAGCAGAUUUUUCUAGCCGGAAAUAAAACACUAAUGGCAUCAACAAGAAUAGGACAACGACGAGAAUUUCGCACCGGUGGACACAAAAAUAAUGCUGUCCAGCAAGAAGACGUGAGCCUCCAAAAAACCCAGCGUAAUUUGAGAGGACAGGAAAAAGCCACUAAAAGAUCGGGGAAAUCUAGGACAGACGAAACAUCUAGAACUGUGUUCAAGCUAGCUUCGCCGCCGAACAAAGUAAUUCACCGCGAAGAUACCUAUAUUACGAAGAAAAACGUUUCUAAUUCGAACUCUACGGGAAAUGAAAUAGACCAGGGUGAUGACACCAAUGAUCGCAAGAAGUUGGAACGCAAAAAAUCCGAUGAAGCAAAUCGAAUCAGUGUGAGUAAAUUGAAAAAUAUAUUCGACACAGCGAUUGCUAAUGAAAGUGUCAAUGCACUAAAUGUUUAUAGGGUUGGAAAAACAAGGCCGAAAUCAGAUGAUAUCGCCAAGAUAAAUGCCGAAAAUCACCGUGAGUCUCAAGUGAAUAGAUGGUCAGUGCCAAGUUAUGUAAAGAAAAGCUCCCCGGAAAGUCUGUAUAAAAUCUUUGUUACGGAAGGGAUCGCAGCCAAGAGAGCCAAGUUCGAGAAUAAUUCUCAAGAGAGUCUUUCUGUGGCAGUGUCUUUGAAAAAAUACUCGCCGAGAUUGUCAGAUUUAGUACCGGAGCUUGAAGGCAUAGAACCACGACCACGAACUAGAUCUGACCCUGGAAUCCAACCCCUAUCAGUGGGUAGAAAGAAGCACAAACUGCGAAGCCGGUCACUACUUGAUAGUUUGAACUGCGACGUACCAACAAAUGUCAAUGAAUAUGGGUAUUACUUUGAUGAUGAACCAACUAAAAAAGCACAAUCACAAGAUGAUUUGCUCAGGCCAAAUGCUUACCAUUUAGAUAUUACUGCAGUCUCUCGCAAGAAUAAUAAUCAAACUGUUAAAGACAAUUCAAGUGUCAAAUCAGGUGUUUUUCAUGGUGACAACAACAAUCAGUAUACUGAUAAAGAAAUAGAAGAUGAUUCCCCGUCAUCAGAGAGUCGCAUUGACUCUGGCAUAUCAUCUUCAUUAGAAAGCGCAAUCGAAAAUGAGGUUGUCCCAGAACUGGAAAAGCAAUACGAACAACAAGUACCAGACCCUAGCAGAACACUAUUGAUGACAGACGGGCAAGUGGAUGUCAGACUCCAGAAUGAGCAUAAAGAGCGCAAACAGCUUAGGAGAGUGCGACCCCUUGACAAUGAGCCAGGUAGUGUGCGUGAGGCUUCCUGGAAAGAUGAGGCUGAACCAGUACCAGAAGAGGAACCAGAUGUUGACCUUGUGUUUAGAGACCCUCAUCUCCAGGUGGAGAAGGUGAAGCUGAAUCUCCAGGAUGUUACUAGGGAUGAGGCUAGGGCCAAGCCUAUUGAUGAAGAAGAAGAAUUGACAGAGGAAGAAACUGGUAGCAUCAUUGAACAUAGUUCGCCAGAGCCAGAUUCUCAGGAUAUUUCACCAAUUUCAUUCCUCUUUGAGAAAAAGCCUCUACCCUCUGCGAUUUCUAGAGGGGAAAAGAAACCACGGCGUAAUGUUGGGUUUGUGGAGGAAAAGGAGCCAUUGGUGUUUCAUACAUAUAGUGCUGAGGAGUACGACAGAGGGAAUGAGGAAAUUGAUCCUGUCACAGCUUCAGCUGAAUGGGAAUUGGAAAAAAGAGUGGAAAAAAUGGAUGUGUUCUCAGUUGAUUUAGAGAAAGAUGAGAAAGGCCUUGGCCUGAGCAUCAUUGGUCUUGGGGUUGGUACAGAUACUGGCGUUGAAAAGUUGGGGAUAUUUGUAAAGUCACUGACAGAAGGUGGUGCUGCAGAGAAAGAUGGCAGGAUUCAAGUUAAUGAUCAAAUUAUUGAAGUUGAUGGUGUAUCACUGGUGGGCGUCACCCAGAUGUUUGCUGCUGUCACCCUCAAGCACACCUCAGGAACUGUUAGAUUUCUGAUGGGGCGUGAGAAAAGCCGAGUACAUGCCCCAGUUCGGCCUAUCUCACAUAAUAGUUUGCUUCUCUCACGUGACUCAGAGGAAUUCCAAGGCAAACUAUCUCAGGCUGAGCAGCGUGCUGACAGAGCCGAGGAAAGAAUCCAAGAGCUAGAAUUACAGAUAGCAGCCAUGCAAUCCCAGGACCUUCCUAAGAAUGAGUCCAGUACAACAGAAUCAGACUCUGAAAAACUUGAAAAAGCUUUGGCAGAGAUGGCAAGUAGAGCAAGAAGUGCAGAGAGUGAUCUUGCAUUUGUUGAGGCGGAGAAUCAAGACUUGUUAAAGCAGCUGGAAGAGAGUAAAGGCAUGUACCUCCUUCUGGAGAAGAGAUACCACUUACUAAAGAACAAAGUCAAGGAACUAGAAGAUAGGGAAAAAAUUAGCAAGCAAGAGAAGAGUGAUAAACUUGUGGUCACAUUAAGGAAACGGAUUGUUGACUUGGAGCAGCAGUUGGAGCACAAGGAGAUGACCAACCAUGAGGUUCAGACGUCAGAUGACGAACCUCAAGUUAAUGGCUUCAAUGGGCAUGAGAAAGACAUGCUACCACAAGAGAGAUACUUCUCUCUGGAGGCUGACAAAUUUGAGCAAAUGACAACAAGUGAGGACAAUGAUCUGGACCUGAACAGCAUCCCCUUCACAGAGCCUUUAAGCAGUGACUUACAUCUGGAGAAGAAACGAUUAGCUGAAGCGCAAAACAAGAAACACAAGCCCACAAGAGCUAGCUGGGCUAGGUCCUCUGACAGCAUAGAUCAAUACUUUGACUCCUCCAUGACCAUGGAAGAUAAUGAUGAUGACGAUGAUGAUGACAAUGAUUUAGUCAAUCACUCUGUCAAAGAUGAGAACCCCAAUCUCGCCAAAUCCCCAACUCGAGGAUUUGCUUUGCCAGGGUUCCCGCUUGGUGGCUUUAAGCUUAAACCAACUGGCAAAAACCUUAAGGGAGACUACCACGACCCUAUUGAAGAGAAGUCCAACUAUACGUCUCCUGAUUCAAGAAGUAGUUUCCCCAUGGCUAAAGACAAGUCACAGAACGUUGUAGUAGAAAACUUACUGGAGAAACAGCUGACCAAGACAAGUAACAAAGUGUCUUCCUUGCCGACUUCCCUGGACCGAGAGGAGGAGUGCAGAAUGUCAGAGAGCACAGACGUAUUCUCAGAGUCCACCAACUCACUGGAUGAGAUAGAGGAGGCAGCUAGACGGAUUGACUCAGACCUCGCCUCGUCCCAAGCUUCAUCUCGAGGCUCUUCGCCAUUUCUUCCUCCUGCAAUGCCUCUCCUGCAGAUGAAGUCAGUGCCGCUCCAUUCGUAUAAUGAGAUGGCGGUGGAUGUGCCCCAGGGCCUUGAAGAUUCAGCCCAAAGUCCCGUCGAGCUUCUCAGCUUUAGCCCAAUAAGCCAGAACUCUGCAGAAGGCAUGUCACCAAACUCACCCGGGAGCUGGCCCAUCCGGCCUGUUCAGGAUUGGGAUACGCAACAGGUCAGCCUAUGGUUGAUUGGUAAGGAGUUUGAGCAUCUGGUGACGGAUUUCGCAAACAGGAACAUCGAUGGAAAGCAGCUUCUCGCCCUGGACAACUCCAAACUCAAGACUAUGGGACUCUGUCAGAACGACCGGAGCCAGUUGAAAAAGAAAAUCAAAGACCUUAAGACUGAAAACGAGCGUGAAGAAAAGGCCAGAAAACAGAGAGAAAAGGAUAUAAAAUCAGGCAAAAAGGAGGUAAAAGGCAAAGACAUGCUAGGCUUCAUCAAGAAAGGGAAGUAUACGCUUACCACGCCUUAGGUGAUAAUAGCCAUUACAGAUUUCUUGUAUUGCUGAUCAUAGUCACUAGGUAUUUCUUGUAUUUUCUCUUGAAAUUCGAAGGUGGCGAGUUACUUGUUCUCGCAUGUAGCGCGAAAGUCGAUACUUUUGCCACAGACGCAUGCACUGCAGGGUCUGGUGCAAGGCAUUGUUGAGCUCUUAAAGCCGCAUUGUCACCAGUUUACUUCCGGUCGAUUACAUAACAAUCUCCGAUGAUUUUUAACGGAAAACGCGAAAAAUAUUUCAAAAUAUUGGAAGCAGUGUGUUUAUUGGAAGUUUCUUUGAGGAUGUGAUUGAUAAUUUAGAGCGGAUGGCCUGUUUAAUAUCUCGGAUUUUAAUAGAUUCUUUUGUCUUUUAACGGUUGAGGUUUCCGUCGGACCUCCGGAAGUAAACUUGUGACAAUGCGGCUUUAAGUAGGGCAGGGUUUGAGGUAAAGCAAGGUCAAGCUCCGGAUUGCGUCUGGGUAUUGGGGGAUACAAGGCAUGUCUAGCUCUGAAUUGCGUCUGGGUAUUGGGGGAUACAAGGCAUGUCUAGCUCUGAAUUGCGUCUGGGUAUUGGGGGAUACAAGGCAUGUCUAGCUCUGAAUUGCGUCUGGGUAUUGGGGGAUACAAGGCAUGUCUAGCUCUGAAUUCUUUUUUUUUUUAUGAAUACGUGUUCGGCACGAUUGAUAUUGAUAGAAAGGAAUUGAGUUUGCCCUCACCUCUCCUCUGUACGUAGUGUGUGAUUCGUGCUGGAAGCAGGGAAAUUCCUGCGUUUUGACGCUUUGAUGUAACGCAUGCGAUGUUCUUAGCCUCUUUACAAAGUUUUGUAAAUAUUGAGUGUAAAUUCCUGACGUAAAGUUAAUCGGUUUAAAGCUUAAAGUAACAUGCGAAGACAGUCUGCCUGGUUCUAGCAUUGGCAUUCACCCAUAUGAUUCUGCAAUAACCAGUUUAUCAGAGUCAAUGUGAGAAGCUAUUCGUUUUUGCGAUCACUAAUUAUCCUCCGCACAAAAUUGGAUGUUUCUAGAGACCUCUCUUGAUACCUAAAGAGAAACCUCUCUCGUUAUCUAAAGAUUCAUUCUGCAUUUUGCUAUGCAGACAUUGAGUGGUAAUCCCUGAAGGUUAGCCCUACAAAUUCUUCAUUUCUGAUAUCGCAAAGAUUCCGGUAGUCGAAAAGCUAAUGAUGCGCUCACCUGCCUAAAGUUUUCGUCUUUUGUCGGGUUGAUAACACAAAUGCUUGGAAUUACUGUCUAAUUUUCUAGACUUUUCCCCGGGUGGUGGCUUGACAUGUGGGUUUUCAUAGGCCUGUUAGUCUGUCGUAGAAAUAAUUAGACGAAUUUAUUAAGUGGUGAGCGAAUUGGAAUUUCGUCAGUAAUCUUGGGGUAUAAGCCAACAAAUUCGCAUUUAGUUUAAAAAAAACUGAUGGAAGAUCAUAUGUCAAUACAUUUAGUUUUGUACAACAAAAAAAGUUUAAUUUUUCUAUAAUUUCUUUGAAUUUAUGUAAAAAAAAAAGAUCUGUAGAAUCAUGACGUUUGACAUAAUUCAGUUGUUAAAAUGUUUGGGAGUUAAUCACCAUCGCCACAAAAUUGGGCGAUUCAUUACAAUACAAUAUUUGUAAAAAAAAAAAAAUACGUCGACAGUUAAUAAUGCUUUGUAUAACUAAAAUCAUUCUUCUAUAAUAAAGAUUCAAAGUGAUGCACAUCA